ACCCAUUCCCUGGUCUUGCUGACAAAGGUCUCCAAUGAGUCUGAAAGUGACAUGGGACAGCGUGUCAAAGUAUGUUCUGUCCUUGCUCCAAAUUUCCAUUACUUUUAGGCAAGGGCAAUCAACUGCACUCAUGCACACACACAAAUUUAUUAGUGUGCUAAUGAUGAAUUGAUUAAUUGGAUGUGAAUGAAAGGCGCCUAGUUGAAUGGAUGGGUCGGUAGGUAGUAUAUGGGUGCCCACCCAUCAUUUUCAGCCACCCAGACCCAGACAAAUUCAGCAGCUGGAGGAGGAACCCUAACCCCAUCUGUUUCCCAAUUCCAUUUCUCCAUUGAUAAACAAAGUUACGGUUUCGUUUCCCCACCUGUUCCUAUACUACCACACCAGAAAAAAAAAUCCAGGCACCUACCACUCAUCCCAAUCCGCAAAAGGUCAAUUCUGGACUAUAUUUAGGCCAAUUGGAGGGAAGGUGGUGUUUGUGGUUUCUUCCUGCCGGCGGUUUCUUGGCGAGUUGAAUUUGGGUGCCUCUUGCUCCAGACAGUACUUUAUUGAGCUGGAUUUUGGGCACCCGGUGACUCUUGCUUGGCUCCAGCUCAAAUCGGUGUCUUGUUGGGUUAAAUAGAAGGAUUCCUGGAUGGGCGACGCCAUGGGGGUCAGCUGCACUCAAGGAGCCAUGAACUGAGAUGUGAGAUUUGGUGGCGUCAGCUGGAGCUGGAUUCUUGGUGUGUCCACAGACAGAUUCUUGGGCCUGAUUUGGUGAGGGACAGCGCCGGAGAAGAACGAUGUCUUUCAGGAGCCUGAUUCAGGACAUGAAGAACGAGUUCGGGAGCAUCUCGCGGCACACCCUGCGGUCCCGGUCCCACCGGUCCGCCGGGAACGCGUCGCGGGCGGCUGCCGCGGAGCCGUCGGAGGCCAUGGAUCAGAGCUGCUGGUCGCAGCUGCCCCCCGAGCUCCUGCGGGAGGUGCUGGUGAGGAUCGAGGCGUCGGAGAGCUGGUGGCCCGCACGCAAGGACGUCGUGUCAUGCGCCGGCGUCUGCCGGACCUGGAGGGGCAUCAUGAAGGAGGCCGUGCGCGUCCCGGAGGUGUCAGGGAAACUCACGUUCCCCAUCUCGCUCAAGCAGCCUGGCCCAAGGGAUGGCACUCUUAAAUGUUUCAUCAGGAGGAACCGGACUACUCAGACAUAUUAUCUGUAUAUUGGACUGACAGAAGCAUUGGCAGAUGAUGGAAAGUUUUUACUUGCUGCACGCAAGUGCCGGAAGCCCACAUGUACAGACUACCUAAUUUCUCUUGACAAGGUUGAUAUGUCAAAGGGAAGCAGCACCUACAUUGGCAAGCUAAGAUCAAACUUUCUUGGAACAAAGUUCACCGUCUAUGAUGCUCAUCCACCAUAUGAUGGAGCAGUGGUCUCAAAGAGUCGUUCUGCACGUGUGAUUGGUUUUAACCAGGUCUUCCCCAGAAUUCCUGCUGGGAAUUAUCCUGUGUCACAUAUUUCGUAUGAGCUGAAUGUUCUGGGAUCCAGAGGUCCAAGAAGGAUGAACUGUGUUAUGGAUUCAAUUCCUGCAUCAGCCGUUGAGGAAGGAGGGAAAGCUCCAACACAGACUGAAUUUCCUCUUGGCAGCCUUGAUUCUUUCCCAUCAAUUCCAUUCUUCAGAUCUAAAUCAGCUCGGAUAGACACAGCUUCGCAAUCAUCCACUCAGAAGGAAGAUAGGCUGGUGCUGAAGAAUAAGUCUCCCAGGUGGCAUGAACAACUGCAGUGUUGGUGCCUGAAUUUCCGUGGUCGGGUCACUGUUGCCUCGGUGAAAAACUUUCAGCUGGUGGCUUCAGAUGACAACGGAUCAGGUAGCCAGGAGAAUGACAAGGUGAUUCUCCAGUUUGGAAAGAUUGGAAAGGACUUGUUCACCAUGGACUACCGUUAUCCAAUAUCUGCAUUUCAAGCUUUUGCAAUUUGCCUGAGCAGUUUCGAUACCAAAAUAGCCUGCGAAUGAGGAAAGCCAGAAAAAGUUAUUAGGGGCAGAUUUGCUAUGGCAAUCAAACAUUUGCCCUCUCCACCUGUACUAACAAGCUUUCAUCCUCUUCUACCUGCAGUUGCCGGACAAAGAUGGCAGAAGGAAGAUGAAAAGCAGGACUGCAUACUUUCAUGCUUGAUGCUGAAGCAGGAGGGUUGGGAAAUACCGUACCUCCUGAAGAAGUCGUCCAAGAUUGAUCAUGAGUCGCUGUGUAAAUAGUUAAGCCUCGUUGGUUGGUCCCGGCUUGUUCUGCCGCCUAGCUUAUUUUUCCUCUUAUAAUUUCCAUGUGUCCAUUCUUUGCCGGCGUUGGCGAGUAAGUCUAGUGUGGAAAACGGCUUGUGCUUGUGUGGCCAUCGGUGACAUGAUGAGUUUGUGAGCAAGAGGCUUUCAGUUUAAGUGAUAAACAUAUCAUAUUGUAGUACCAGUUCUUGGGUUUAAUGUUCGUUUUCAGGUCUCA